UAGCAGUGUUGUGUUAUGCUUGUACCAAUAUAAUAUAUCACACUUGGUAGUUGAUGGUUCUUGAUCGUAGAUAGACAGUUGCACUCGGUUUACUGUGCAGGAUUGAAGAGAGGUGUAUUGCGGUCGCGAAAACAAAUUCGGCCCGGCAUUGGCCUGAAACAUUUACUACAUUAUUGAUAGUAUUAUGUACUUAAUUUUAUGUUAAACAAAAUAGUUAAUAUUUAAUUUUGUUGUAAUAUGACAUCAGUUAAACUGUGGCGCCACAAGGGAGGGUGGCGCAGUAUGGCUAAUAAUAAUGAAUAUAAAUAUUGUGUUGUUGAAUUUUUACAAAAACCCCCAUCAGGCGCCGGUAAGUAUGUCUGUGUACCGAGUUCAUGGAUUAAAACUCGUAGAGAAACAGAUCAAAAAGUUAUCGUCCAAUAUCCAAAUUGCAAUAAAGCGGAAAGGGAAAAUCUUAUCUCACGACAUGAGCAAGGUGUUAUACCAAUGAAGUGGCCCGAAUAUCUGUGCGAAUUAAAGUACAACACUGAGUCUCGUGAUGACGCAAAAAUUUAUAUUAUGAUGAAGCAAAUAGACGACACAAAAAAGGGGCGUUGCCAAACUAGAAAAAAAGCCGCAACUAGAACAGCGCAGGCACACAAUACAUACUGCGGUAACAGAGCAGCCUUCUCAAGCUACGAAUGACGCAUCUAACAACAGUGGUCAAACUGAACGACAGCCCGUUUGCAAUAUAGAUAACAUUUUAGAACAAGCAAAUGUACAAUUAAAAUCUAGAUUAACACCAGAAGACUUUCUUAAAGAAGCUGGAGUUUUGUUAAGUGAAACCGCAAAAAAGCUAUUUACACUAGCAGAACUAGUAAUUUCUUAUGGAACUUCAAUUAAACACUCUCCAUUAACAACAGAAGAUGUAAGUGCAGCUCAUGAUGAAGAGGAAGGAGAAGACACAAGCGACGAGUUAGAUAAUCCACGCAAAAGACGCCUCUCUACAUUUGAAUUGCCACCUGAAUAUGACGAGAACGAUACAAAAU